AUGCCUACAAUUUUGUCACUUUGGCGUCACCACAAAUCAGAACGUGCUGCUGGAUGGGAAAUAUUACGGAUACCCUGUUUUUCCUUCCAUUCCCAAAACCUCUUCGAUCAUUCAUUCAAUCUUCCAUGGCUUCAUCUUCUGAAUCUCAACCACGCUAACCCCCUCAAAACCCGCACAACCUCUCUUCUACGGUUACAUAACGAAAUUCAACUUCAAUUUCCCAAAAUCUUAUCUCUUACGUUGAUUUCUGUUUAUCAAGUUCGAUCUCAAAGUUCCUUAUCUGUUCCAAUGGCAUCGCUGGUCUCAACUUCAAAGGCCAUUGGGCAGAUGUUUAAGUGCAAUAACAGAGGUAGACAGUUAAUCAGAUGCUUAAGGAACAAUUCCAAAGUAGAAAAUCGAUGCUUCAGAAGCAUUUCAAGAGUCGAAACAUGUCAACCAAUCGUUAGUAGUCAUGAUCAUGAAGUAGAAUUGCCUUUUUCACAUUUUAAUAGGAGUAUUCAAAGGAGAGGAUUUCUUGGCAUCGGUGAUGGAGAUGAAGGGAAUAAAAGUGGUUUAUCAAAAGUUCAUGAAGAGACUUGUAUUAUGGGAUAUUCCCCAGAGCAAAUGUAUGCAGUUGUUGCUGCUGUUGACAUGUAUCAAGAUUUUCUUCCAUGGUGUAGAAGAUCAGACAUAGUGAAACGUCAUUCUGAUGGAUCUAUUGAUGCUGAGCUGGAAAUUGGGUUUAAGCUUCUUGUUGAAAGCUAUGUCUCUCAUGUCGAAUUAAUUAAACCCAAAUUAAUCAAGACAACUGCAUCAAAAAGUAGCGUUUUCCACCAUUUAAUUAACAUUUGGGAGUUUAAUCCAGGACCUGUUCCAGGGACUUGUAACCUUCAUUUUGUUGUAGAUUUUAAGUUCCAAUCACCAUUAUAUUCACAGGUAGCAUCCAUGUUCUUCAAGGAGGUGGCGUCUCGACUGGUGGGUUCGUUCAGUGAUCGCUGCCGUUUAAUUUAUGGGCCAGGGGUUCCGGUUAAUAAAUCAUAAUUAUAAUCAUAAUUAUUUUAUUUUUGUGUAACAUGAAUUAGUUUCAUGAAUUCUGUUUUUAGAUUGAUGUUUUAUUGUUAGCGUUAUUCUUAAUGAUUUAUUUAUUUGAAUUUAAAAGAAAAGGCAUGGUAAGUAAGUACCAUAGAUUUAUGAAAGUUAUUAAGAAAAUAAUUUAUAAUAAUGGC